GGAGUCUCCGGGAGCGCGCCUGAGCAAGUAAAGCGGCAGAGAAGCUAAACAGGUGGUCAGCUAACAAUGUCGUCCUGCGGGGGGAGGCGGACAGACGUGGAAUAGCGGUAAUCGAACCCCCCCCGCCAACGCUCGCCGCGCACCCUCAUGCUUCUUGUGGCCCGCUGGUGGGGGUCUUCGCGGUCUUCGCUGCGCCUGUGGACGCGCUACAGUGGACGGGACAGUCGGACGAGCGCGCCAUGAAAGUCACGGUGUGUUUUGGCCGGACGCGCGUGGUCGUGCCGUGCGGGGACGGCAGCAUCCGAGUGCGCGCGCUCGUGCAGCAGGCUGUCAUGAGGUACAAGAAGGCCAUCGCCAAGGAUGCGAGCUACUGGCUACAAGUGCACCGCUUGGAGCACGGCGACGGCGGCAUCCUGGACCUCGAUGACGUGCUCUGCGACGUGGUUGACGACAAGGACCGGCUGAUCGCGAUCUAUGACGAACAGGAACCCCACCAUGGCGGCGACGGCACCAGCGCCAGCUCCACUGGCACGCAGAGCCCUGACUUGUUCGCCGUCGACCUCAGCGCCGGCAGUGGAGCGUCGGCCUUCCAGCCCUACCAGGCAGCCAGCGAGAUUGAAGUCACGCCAUCCGCCCUGCGCACCAACAUGCCCCUGCACGUACGUCGCAGCAGCGACCCAGCCUUGUUGAGAAUCAACGAGCCGUUCACCGGCAGUGAGUCGCUGGUCCAAGCACAAGAGCCUCCGUCGAGGAAGAACCCGACACGAUGGUCCACCACUGCUGGUUUCUUAAAAGCUCGCCAUUCGUCAGGCUCCAGUAGCCUAGAGAGGAAGGCUAAAGCUUUGGACUCGUACCGCAGUCUGCCACGCGAUGCUAGCGCUUGGGCCAAUCAGAGAGACUUCCACAGGGAAACGGCCCGCUCGUCUCUCAGCACCAAUCACCCUAUGGUGGAUCGCUGGCUGGAAAGACAAGAGCAGGAGGAGGAAACGAGAGAGCAGCAGGAAAAUGGACGUAUCGAGCCGGCGGGCCGCGCCGACUCCUGCAUGGAGCACACCGCCAUCAGGUCUCUAGAAGACAUUGUCAAAGUGGUGGAGGUGACAAACGAUGGCGGGCCCCUGGGAAUCCACGUGGUGCCUUUCAGUGGCAGGGACCGCAGGACUCUUGGUUUGUUGGUCAAGCGUCUGGAGCAUGGAGGCAAGGCCCAGCAGCAAGUCCUUUUCCAAGAGAGCGACUGUAUCGUCAGAAUCAAUAAUGGAGACCUGAGAAACAUCCGCUUUGAACAAGCCCAGAACAUGUUCCGUCAGGCCAUGCGCUCGCCAGUCAUCAUGUUCCACGUGGUUCCUUCGUCCAUGAAGGCCCAUUACGAGCAUCUGUCCCACGCAGAGAGGAACCCCGCGUAUUCCUCGGGCCGCUUCAGUCCAGACUCUAUAUCCGGCGGCACCGUGGCGGGCAUGGAUCACGCCGCCCCUCAAAGGAUGUCCCGACACGGCUCCCAAACACACCCGCACUCUCAUCCUCAUCCAGACCAGACCGAUGGCUACCCGCCCUCAAAUCACCCGACCGUUUUUGCCGCCAAACCUCCCACUGGUCAGAUCCACUCACCUCAGAGGAACUCCACGCCGACCCCUAGUGGAUACAGCAAAAAACUGGGGAGGAGGCUUAACAUUCUGCUGAAUAAAGGACCGGAAGGACUCGGCUUUAGCAUCACUUCACGGGACGUCCCCAUCGGCGGCUCGGCGCCCAUCUACGUGAAGAACAUUUUACCACGGGGAGCUGCGAUUCAAGAUGGCCGCCUCAAGGCUGGGGAUAGGUUACUGGAGGUGAAUGGAGUGGACCUGAAUGGGCGGACCCAGGAGGAGGUGGUGUCAAUCCUCAGGUCCACGCCCAUGGGGGGCUCAGUGGGGAUGCUGGUCCUUCGCCAGGAAGAUACGUUCCUCCUUCGAGAAGUGGCGGACGAGGCCCAGACGCAGAUGCAAAGCCCCAGAGAUUUGAAGACGGAAGAAGACGAGUUGGUGCUAACUCCGGACGGCAGCAGGGAGAUCCUGACCUUCGAGAUCCCUCUCAGCGACUCGGGCUCGGCGGGUUUGGGCGUCAGCGUGAAGGGCAAUCGCUCCAAGGAGAACCACGCCGACCUGGGCAUCUUCAUCAAGUCCAUCAUUAACGGAGGGGCGGCCUGCAAGGACGGGCGGCUGCGGGUCAACGACCAGCUGAUUGCCGUCAACGGGGAGUCGCUCUUGGCCAAAACCAACCAGGACGCAAUGGAGACGUUGAGGAAGUCCAUGUCCACGGAAGGCAACAAGCGCGGAAUGAUCCAGCUCAUUGUGGCACGUCGAAUCAGCAAAAGCAGCGAGGAGGCACCAGGCGGGCCGCUGGUACCUCAGCAGAUCACUAACACGUCUAUGGACGAACAUGAACGCCGCAUUUCCCACUCCCUCUACGGCGCUCUGGAAGACCUAGAUGACAACUUGAUGCCUCGACAAGGCAUGAUGCCGCGCACAGUAGGUAACUACCAGCUGUCUCCGACGGUCAACAUGCCACAGGAUGACACCAUCAUCAUCGAAGAUGACCGGCCGCCGCUACUUCCGCCUCAUCUGUCCGACCAGUCGUCUUCCAGCUCCCACGACGAUGUGGGCUUUAACGCUGACGCGACACUGCCGUGGGUCAAAGAUCUUCCCGCUCCCAAUGAAAGCUCCCAGAUCCCUGAUGGGAGCAAUGCUGACGCCGCCUUCCUGCGCGAAGGUUUCGGACGCCAGAGCAUGUCGGAGAAGCGGACCAAGCAGUUUGGGGACGCGUCCCAGCUUGAGAUCAUCAAGACGCGCAAGUCCAAGAGCAUGGACCUAGUAGCCGACGAGAUUAACCUCAGCCCUCGUCCUGACCCCAGCACAGGUUCCUCCACGAAGGACCUGGGUCCAUCUCUGGGCUUAAAGAAGUCCAGUUCUCUCGAGAGCCUCCAGACGGCCGUGGCCGAGGUCACCCUCAACGGGGAUCUUCCCUUCCACAGGCCUCGCCCUCGCAUCAUCAGGGGGCGGGGCUGCAACGAGAGCUUCAGGGCGGCCAUCGACAAGUCGUACGACCGUCCGGCACCCGCCGAGGAGGACGACGAGGGCAUGGAGACAUUGGAAGAAGACACGGAGGAGAGCUCACGCUCAGGUCGAGACUCUGUGUCGACGGUGGCCGACCAGACGCCGCCAUUGGUCCCGGAGAAGCCUUUAGUCAACGGGACCAACCAACCCAAAGAGGAGAGGAAAAAGGACAAAGGUGGCAAGGAGAAAAAGAAGGGGGAGACCGCAAGGGACAAAGAUAAAGACAAGGGCAAAGCAAAGAAGGGAAUGCUGAAAGGACUGGGGGACAUGUUCAGGUUUGGAAAGCACCGCAAAGAUGAGCGUCCGGGAGACAGGAUGGACCGUAAAGGCUCCAACAAGUGGCGGUCAGAGGAGACGCACGUUUCCGACGAAGAGACGCUGAAGAUGAGGAUGGAGCAGGAGAGGAUCCAGGCCAAGACCCGUGAGCUAAGGGAGCGGCAGGCUCGGGAACGGGAUUACGCCGAGAUUCUAGACGUGAGCCGCUCGCCGGAGAGGUCUUCCGAGGAGGAGCACCCGUACGCCGGCAUCAGCCCACUUAACGACGGGCACAGCCGCCCCCAAACCCCCCGCGACAACUACCCUCGCGGCCAUCACCAGCACCAGCACUCGGACUCCCUGUACACCCAAGUCAGCAAGGCCCGCAUGGAGCGCCCCCCCUCUGCGGACAGUAACCGGCUCGCCCCGAGCAACCACGACCGAAUACAGAGGCUGAGGCAGGAGUUCCAGCAGGCGCAGACCGUUCCGGACGACGCGGACGACCGGCGCCGCACGUUCAGCUUCGAGCAGCCUUGGUCGAACGUGAGCGGUCAGAACGGUCAGAGUCAGCCCGGCCGUCACUCGGUGUCCGUGGAGGUCCAGAUGCAGCGUCAGAGACAAGAAGACUCGUUCGCUCAGGCUCAGCGUCAGUACAGCUCACUGCCACGGCAGCCCAGGAAGAAUCCUAGCUCCAUCUCUCAGGACUCCUGGGAGAAGGCGUAUCCUCCAGGUGAGAGCUUCCAGACGGCCAAGGACAAUCCCAGGUACUCCAGCUAUCAAGGAUCCAGGAAUGGCUUCCCGAGCGGCGGAGUCGGCGGCGUGGUGAACGCCAGAGUCCUCCUGGAAGCUCAGGAGCUGCUGAGGCAGGAGCAGCGGCGCAGAGACCAGGAGGCAAAAGGAAAGCUAGCCCAGGAGAGCGCGGCUAACUACGAGGCGUUUGGCAAGGACCCCGCCUCCCCUAAGGGGCCGUACCGCCACGAUGUGCCGCCUUCGCCCUCGCAGCUGGCCAGACUCAACAGGUUGGGCUCGGAGAAAGGAAGACUUUUUUAUUCCUGAGGACGUCGCCCCGGCAUUUCUUCAAAGUCUGCGGACGCCAUUUUUCUUCUCUGACAAUCGCAUGAGUGACACGGUGGCGUCUCCGGUGUGACAAAGUCGCACACUUUCUGUUGCCAUGAAGGUUUAUAUAUUUUGUUUUACGCUGUCAUACAAAUAGAAACACAGCCUGCGUAUCAACUUCCUGUUCCUCCUUUCAAAAUAAGUGCCCCCUCUUCAGAGAAAAGUAUGUUGCUAAUGAAAUGAAACAAGCACCUCCCCCUUCAUGAAUACUUCAUGGAGUGUUGUCUCAGUGGAUGAAACAACACUGAUCGGCUGCCUGACAACUCCCCCUGCUCCACUCUGAGCUCGACUCGCUGGCCUGCAGCUUUGAGCUCCUUCUUGUUGUGUUCAUUAGCGACCUGCUGGCUUCCUACCCCCUCUCGCUGAAUUUUUCAUGGCGAGCCACCUGCCGCCUGCCUCACAACCAGAAGACGAAAUGACAAACGUUUACUCAAAAGUCUCUUUUUUAAAUACCAUUUUUCCAAAGAUCCCUCACUUUUUUUUUUUAAACGUCUUUGUAAACGUAAACACAGUAAAUCUACCCUACAAGGUGCCUGUUAGCAUGCUAGCUAGCUCAUUAGCAUCAUUGCGACAAAUGCUAAACAUCCAUUCAUCCAGCAAUCUAAGCAGGGUAGCCCAGACUUCCCUCUCCCCAGCCACAUGGUCCAGCUCCUCCCGGGGGAUCCCGAGGCGUUCCCAGGCCAGCCAGGAGACAUAGUCUUCCCAACGUGUCCUGGGUCUUCCCCGUGGCCUCCUACCGGUCGGACAUGCCCGAAACACCUCCCUAGGGAGGCGUUCGGGUGGCAUCCUGACCAGAUGCCCGAACCACCUCCUCUGGCUCUUCUCGAUGUGGAGGAGCAGCGGCUUUACUUUGAGCUCCCCCCGGAUGACAGAGCUUCUCACCCUAUCUCUAAGGGAGGAAACUCAUUUCGGCCGCUUGUACCCGUGAUCUUGUCCUUUCGGUCAUAACCCAAAGCUCAUGACCAUAGGUGAGGAUGGGAACGUAGAUCGACCGGUAAAUUGAGUGCUUUGCCUUCCGGCUCAGCUCCUUCUUCACCAGAACGGAUCGAUACAGCGUCCGCAUUACUGAAGACGCCGCACCGAUCCGCCUGUCGAUCUCACAAUCCUCUCUUCCCUCACUCGUGAACAAGACUCCGAGGUACUUGAACUCCUCCACAUGGGGCAGGGUCUCCUCCUCAGCCCGGAGAUGAGGCCACCCUUUUCCGGGCGAGGACCAUGGACUCGGACUAGGAGGUGCUGAUUCUCAUCCCAGUCGCUUCACACUCUGCUGCGAACCGAUCCAGUGAGAGCUGAAGAUGCUGGCCAGAUGAAGCCAUCAGGACCACAUCUGCAAAAAAGCAGAGACCUAAUCCUGCAGCCACCAAACCGGAUCCCCUCAACGCCUUGACUGCGCCUAGAAAUUCUGUCCAUAAAAGUUAUGAACAGAAUCUGUGACAAAGGGCAGCCAACCCUCACUGGAAACGCUAAAGAUCCAAAUACAUACCGUAUUUUUCGGAGUAUAAGUCGCACCGGCCAAAAAUGCAUAAUAAAGAAGGAAAAAAACAUAUAUAAGUCGCACUGGAGUAUAAGUCGCAUCUUUGGGGGGAGUUUAUUUGAUAAAACCCAACACCAAGAAUAGACAUUUGAAAGGCAAUUUAAAAUAAAUAAAGAAUAGUGAACAACAGGCUGAAUAAGUGUACGUUAUAUGAGGCAUAAAUAACCAACUGAGAAUGUGCCUGGUAUGUUAACGUAACAUAUUAUGGUAAGAGUCAUUCAAAUAACUAGAACAUAUAGAACAUGCUAUACGUUUACCAAACAAUCUGUCACUCCUAAUCGCUAAAUCCCAUGAAAUCUUAUACGUCUAGUCUCUUACGUGAAUGAGCUAAAUAAUAUUAUUUGAUAUUUUACGGUAAUGUGUUAAUAAUUUCGCACAUAAGUCGCUCCUGAGUAUAAGUCGCACCCCCGGCCAAACUAUGAAAAAAACUGCGACUUAUAGUCCGAAAAAUACGGUAAUUAAAAACCGAACAUUAUAUUUUGUUUGGUACGACAGCAAAUGAUUUUAUAUCAUUGAUUUUUGGUUUUUUGAAAGUCACAAAUGUGCUUGGCCAGUCAAUAAAAGACAAACAAUCGAUUUAAUUUGAACCAAUUAGCAUAACAACCCUGCUAUCAUUCCAGUAAAGUGUCAUUUUGUUCCGGAUUUCCUUCACUGCUGCUAAAAGCUAAGCCAGGCUAAGCUACAUAAUAUUAAUGGAGGGAUGAAAGAGGAUAUGAUGUCAUCUAAGGUCAUUUGUCAGAGAAGUGAAAUCAAAGAGUAUUUUUAAUCAAAUGUUCUGCUUGCAGUGGAAGCUAACGAGUUAGCUUGAACUCCUCUACUAUCAAUUUGACUUUUUUUCUCUCACUGAGAAACACAAACACAUUCUAUUUGCCACCACAGUUUUAAAAUGGAUUUCACGAGGAAAAGUGUUUUGAUAACAUACUUUUGAAACUAGCCAUCUUUCUUCUUAAAUAUCCUGUUUGUCGUAAAAGACUGUAACGUUACUAAGUGCCUGACAUGAUGAUGAUGAUGUCUUUCGCACACGGGGAAGGAUUAUAAUGUUUUUUAACACAAUGUUGAACUGUUUUAAUGAAGUCCUGGUACUCCUUCCUCAAGCUUUUUUUUUUUAAUGUUUUGGUCGGCGGCCAUCUUGGACAGUUGCCUUUUAGACAUGUUUACUUUUGAUAGACGAGAAGGUGAAAGCUGAUGUGCAAUUGUUGUUUUUGUCAUUAUUAACAUGCUGAGACAUGUGUAUAUAUCAAAGUGUAGAAUAAAAAAGGACUUCCUGUU